UCACAAUGGCGGAAUGUCUGAAAGCAUGAGGGUAUAACAAAAGAAUAUAUAUUGUUUCUUUAUAGCAUAAGUUUCCUUAGUAAUUGACGGUGUUUAUUUUAAAAGAAGAAUCUAUGAAUUCGAUUGUUUUCUCAGUGAGUUAUUUAGUGGAAAGUUUAAUUUAUAAAAUCUUGGAUAUAUAAUAGAAUCUAAACUUGAUAUAAAAAAAAAAUUAUAUCAAAAUGGGUAUUACCGGUUUAAUUCCUUUUUUGAGUAAAGCAUCAAAAAAAUGUAAUAUUUCUGAAUUUUCUGGUGGUACAGCAGCAAUUGAUGCUUAUUGCUGGCUUCACAAAGGAGCAUUUUCUUGUGCUGAUAAAUUAAUUAUGGGACAAUCUUCGGAUGCAUACGUUAAAUAUUGUAUGAAACUUGUUCAUAUGCUUAUUGCGGCUAAUGUAAAGCCAAUUUUGGUUUUUGAUGGUCGUCAUUUACCUGCCAAAGCAGAUACUGAAAGCAAAAGAAGAGAACAAAGGGACAGCAAUAAACGAAGAGCUGCAGAAUUAAUGAGAAUGGGAAAACAUUACGAAGGAAAAAAUCUCCUGAGGAGAUCAUUAGACAUAUCACAUGAGAUGGCUUUAGAAGUCAUUAAACAAUGUCAAGCAGAGAAUGUUGACUGCAUCGUUGCACCUUAUGAAGCAGAUGCUCAAUUAGCUUAUUUAAAUAUUUCUGGAAUUGCUGAUGUUGUUAUUACUGAGGAUAGUGACUUAACUUUAUUUGGUUGUACAAAGAUAUUCUUUAAAAUGGACAUAAAUGGUAAUGGACUACUAGUGGAACAAGAUCGUAUCCAUUUAGCAAUGGGUGUUCGUGCUGAACAUUUUGAUAUGGAUAAAUUUCGUCACAUGUGUAUUUUAUCUGGCUGUGAUUAUUUACCAUCUCUACCUGGAAUUGGAUUAUCAAAAGCAUGUAAAUUCAUUUUAAAAAACACUGAUUGCGAUAUUUACAAUGCACUUUCGCGAAUAGCUUCGUAUCUUAACAUGAAAUCAUUAGUAGUGACAAAAGAAUAUAGAGAUGGAUUUAUUCGUGCUUUUGUAACAUUUAAACAUCAAAUGGUUUAUUGUCCAAUGAAACGACAACAAGUGAGACUUUAUCCACCACCUCCACAUGUCACCGAUGAACAAUUGCGACACGCUGGUAUUGAAGUUGAUGAAGAUUUAGCAUUACAACUUGCUUUGGGCAAUUAUGAUCCAUUUAAAUUAAAAAAAUUACACGACUAUAAUCCUGACGAUUUAUCCAAAAAAAUUCAGCGAACAAAUUCCUGGACUGAUCGAAGUAUUGUUAAACAUGAGAGUAUUUGGUCUAGAAAUUUCAAGAAAAGAGAAAUCACUUCACCUAAACAAAAAACACUUAAACCUUUCAUUCAUGAAACUGCAGGGCAAGUUAUGAUGUAUAAAACAACAAUUAUGGAAAAAUCUACACCAAAAAAACGAAGUUUUGAUGAUGUAGAUGAAGAUAUAGAUUAUAUAGCAAUGUACAGUCAGGAAAGCAAGAAAAAAAGUGAAAUCACUGAAGCUAAGCCUGUGAAAAAAGAAGAACAAGAAGAAGACGACAAAAUGACAUCGCCAGUAUUAAGUAGACGAACAAGAAAUCCAUUUGCAAAAGGUGCCGAUGGUGAAUCACCAAGUCUUCUAACUAGAACUAGAAGACGAACAAGACUCAAUAUUUUCACACCAACUGUAAUUGAUAGUACAGUUGUUGAAGAAAGUAAAUUUUUUGCCAAAUCAUCCUCGUCUGAAAUAAAUGAAAAUGAAUUUAAAUAUACAGAAAAAAUCACUUUGUGUAACGAUAGUGAAAUUUUGAAUCAAAUCAAAAACGAAGGCAAGGAAAAUAUAAAUGAAAAUAAAAUAUUCUCCAUAUGUAAAGAUGAAGAAGAAGAAGAAGAAGAAAAAGAAACAGAAUUUUUAAAGAAAAAUUCGAAAGAUAUUCAACAAUUAAAAAUGAAUGAUGGGGAAGAUAAUUUAUCUGAAAAUUUUUCAAUGGAGAAUCAACAGUUUUCGAAAUCUUCAGAAGAUGAUUCAUGUCAAGAAAAUACGUUAGACAAAAGUAUUGGUAUUUCAAAUAUAAAAAUCACCGCGGAUUUUGAUUCUGAAUUAGAGGAGAAUUCAUCAAAAUGUUUGGAAGCAACUGAAGGCAGUCUCUUUAUGGAUACUGGAGAAUUAUUAAAUAAUUUAGAAUCGCAAAGAAGUCAAAGUCCUGACUCAGAAUUGGAAUAUUCUGUUGAAGCUAGUAGUAUUGAAACUAUUAGAACUGGUUUAUUUCAAUGGUCAAAUACAAAAACUUUGGGUGCAAAAAAAUUAACUAGUCAACAUAAACAGGUUCCUAAUAAGAGAAAAUCGCGAACUUCUUCUGGAGCUAGAAAAUCCACAGUUUCACAAGGUCAACAAAGUCGGUUGAAUAUGUUCGGAUUUGAAAAAAGAUCGAGUUUAAAACAUUAAAAAAAAACAAGAAGAGACUUAACUUUCAACGUACAAAACUGCCAUAUUUUCAGGGUGUUAUAGUAUUCUUUUUGGAAUUUUAUUUUGUUUUUUUUAAAAGUUUGUAAAUAUUAUAAAUAUUGAACUAGUUUUGUAUCAUCGUUAAGAGUCUUUUCAGUAAUUGAAUUGAGUAUUUAGCAAAAUAGAUUCUUAAAUUAAAUGAC